UUUCUAGCCAUGGCCUCAGCUUGCCCUCUAGCACGAAAUGUGACCCUGUAGUACUGAGCACUGUCACACAACUCGGAACACAGCCUGGACCAUGUUCUUCUGAAUAUCAGACCCCAUGUACUACCAGUGAGAACAGGUCAUCACCAUCUCCCUCUUACCUACAAAGUCCAAACUUUAGCUUUCUCCCCCCAGUCCUUCCGAUGCUGUCUGCCUACUGUGCACACCGCUGACUUCCAACACCCAGCACCUCUCGGGUACUAGUCCUAUUCCAUCAGAUCCAAGAAUGCAAACCUCAGCUCUCCUCUCCCAUACCAGAGGCCUAAGACUCCGUCCACCACCCUCAGACCCAGAGUCCUGACUUCUGCCCCCUUCCUUUUUAGAACUAGGAGUCUGGGCCUCAUGUUUGAACUUUCCCCUCCUCUGAACUUGACUCCUACUGCUGUGUCAGGAAAAAAAGAACCAACAGGUGGCACCUGCCGGCAGGGUCUGAACACGACCACCUGCCGCUGUUGCUCACCCGGGUCCCUCUCUCUGCACCUGCUCCUGUCUGUCGCCAGUGACCGCUCCACCCAACCCACAGCUCGGGACUCGGGGGAGGAGAUAGUAAGGGAACCCUCGAAGUGAGCCAGGCCGGUCCUCACGGCGUGUGUGUCCCGCCCCUUUUCUGGGUCCUUGCAGGGCUUCUGAUCCAAGGCUCGCUCUCUUGACUCCCACUCGCCCUAGAAAGGGGAGUCGAGGGCGGCCCAAGGCUUGUGGGGUGGAGCCUAAGGUCUCCAGCCUAAUCCGGGAGACUCCACCCGCUUCAAGGCACAGCUGAGUAGCUGAGAGGAGCCUACCUGGUGAGAAGCCCCUGGGGUAGAUAUGGGGAUUUUUUUUUUUCAUUUUACCCUUCAUUCUCCGUUCUGGUUCCCCCUUCUGGUCCCAAUAUCUUUCCCACAGAGCCCCGUGCAUGACACUCAACCCAUUCUGUUUCAGGGACCCCUAUGUUUCCCAGACACUUGUCAUAUUCUUUGAUUCCCGUCUGUCCUAGAAUCUUCGAUUCUAGUCCCUAACAGCAUGCAGUUCUCGUCCUUAAUCUCCUCCUCCUUCAGGGUUCAGACUCCAGACGACUGCUUCCUGCACUUUCAAAGGCCCAGAACUCCAGAUUCCAAUGCUCUCCCUCUUAGAUGCAGGAGCCCAUGACGCAGGUCCUUCCUGUACCGCCAAGAUCCAGGGAUUUAGACCCAGCCCUUUUGCUUCCGACUCAGAACUCCAGGCCCAAAGCCUUCUACAGACACAGCAGUCCAUGCCCAAGUACUUCUCCCUCCAGCCAGAACUCCAGGCCGCAACCUUUCUUCAGUCCUAGGGCUCCAGGCCCCAGCCCGUGUCUCUCACACCCGGAGGUUCAGGACCAGCCCUCCUUUCUCAGACCCAAGGGCCCAGAGACCAGUCAUCCCCCAAAAGAGCUGAUCUGGCCCAGUACUUUUGUCUCUAACCUUUCACACUGUCUCCAAAAUUCCCCCAAUGGCAGCCUCCCGUCAUCCACUUUGACCCUGCCGCGCUCUGGUGGCUCUGGCUUCCUCUGUCCAGGUCUCCACCUCAGCCUUGGCAAUGACCCUGGCAGCCUCCUCCCAGCGCUCCCAAAUCAUCCGUUCCAAGUUCCGCUCUGUCCUGCAGCUUCGGAUCCACAGACGGAAUCAAGACUGCACCUCUGAUUCAGAUCCAUGGAUCUCAGCCUCAGGCCCAGCUCUGGCUCCAGCUUUGCCCACUGUUCCUGCCUCUUUCCUUGUCAGCCCUGGCGUCUUGUCCCCUGAGCCAGCAUAUUGUCCUUGGAGGGCUCCAAAGAAGGAAUCUCCCAAGAACUCCCAACAUUGGAAGGAGCCUAAGGUCAGGGGGAACUUGACAUAUCACCUGUACAUGCCUCCAGAACAGAGACAAGGGCCCAGGGCAAAUCUGCAAGUUGAGAGGUCAACCCUGGGUCCCCCGGACCCACCUCUUUGGGAAAAGAAUUCACAGAGACCACAUCCUCGGAUGAAGCCUUCCUCAGCAGGAGUCUCCAGUCCCUCGCCCCCUUCACACAAGCUGGAACUUCAGACCCUUAAACUGGAAGAGCUGACGGUCUCAGAGCUUAGGCAGCAGCUGCGCCUGCGGGGACUCCCGGUGUCCGGGACCAAAGCGAUGCUCCUGGAGCGCAUGCGUGGUGGCACCCCGCCCAGAGAACGGCCGAAGCCCAGGCGAGAGGACAAAGAGGCCGCUGCUCCCUGGCCCCGCCUCAAGCCCAAGGCGCUGGGAACUACUCGGCUACCCAGCACGGUGAAGGCAAGCGCGACAAAUCGUAGGCUGAAGUUUUCUGGAGCUACGGAUCCCCUGGGAGCAGCUCCCGCUCCGGCUUCUGUUCCUGCUCCCACUCCCUCUCCAGCUUUGGCUCCGACUCCGACUCCAGCUCCAGUUCCAGCUCCAGCUCCAGCUCCUUUCCCGACACCUCCAGCUAGCCUGACUCUGGAGGAGGAGCUGCAGGAAGCGAUCCGUAGGGCGCAGCUGCUUCCAAACCGCAACAUCGAUGACAUCCUGGAAGACCAAGUGGAGCCAGAUGGUAGGCGAUUAGCUCCCACAUUUAGGGGAGGAACUGAACUUGGGAACUCCAGGGUCUCGUCGAAGGAGAAGUGGGUUGGAAACAGCGCAGUGAGCAGAAUCCAUCCCCCUAAAGCUCACACUCCUCCUGCAGACCUGCUGCCUCCCGUGCCCUUGGACUUCCCUGGCUCAUUUGACCUGCUGUCUCCCUCCCCGGACUCGGAAGGCUUCUCUUCCGUCUUCUCUUCUUCACUACCGUCCCCCACAAGCUCCCUGUCCCCUUCUCCAAGGGCCCUCACUGAUUCCUUGGACUGGCUGGAGGCCUUGAGUGGGGGUCCACCACUGGGCUCUGGGCCUCCCGGCCCCAGCAUCUUCUCUGCGGACCUAUCUGAUCCCAGUGGCAGUCUGCUCUGGGAACUGCUGCCAGAUCCUUGGUGACAGACCCUUGGGUCUAAGGAGAGGUCAUCUGCAUCCACAGGGACCCUCCAACUACAGAGUACUGAUGCCCUCGUCCCCUCCUGACUCACCGCUGCUGCUGAUAUCUUAUGUGCCUGGACCUGCCUAUGGGGCCUCUGUAUGGCCCCUCCCAGGCCCAGUGGUUGGGGUUGGGGGGUUCAUUUGCUACUGGCCAGUGCAUACAAGCUUGCUGCCUCCCUCAGAGACCUGCAGGUUGUGUGGCUGCCUGUCAUCUGGGGAUGUGAAACUUUGUGCUGUUUGAGGUCAGGAAAGGACCAGGUAAGAGUAGAAGGACCGCCCCCCACCCCCACCCCGUGGGCCCCCAAGUUCUAGUUAGAGGUGAGAGGACCAGAAGCUACUAGUGAGAGGUGACUACAAACUCCCUAUGACCUUGAACUUAUGGCCCCACCCCCACCUCAGAGCUGUGAUUUUAUCUAGCUUUCUUGGGGUUUUGUUUUGUUUUGUUUUGUUUUGUUUUUGAGAGCAAGUGUUGCUAUGUAGUGCCAAGCUGGCCUCAAACUUGUUACAAUCCUCCUGCUUCAUCCUCCUGGGUGCUGAGAUUACAGACAUGAGCCAUUAUACCCAGUUCUCAUGUCUUAUUGAAGGGCUUCCCAGAGCCAUGAGGUGGGAAGAUAGAUAAAAGGGGAGAGGAGAUAGAAUGUUUCCCGGGGGAGCCUCUGCCUCCACCUCGCGCUGGAAGGAUGACUGUCUAGUGAAUUAAACUGUGGAUCUCGCGUGUGGCCCGAGGCUCAUGAGACUGGACAGCUGCAUUCACAUUUGCAUCUAUUAACAAACCCACAGAACAGGAGCUGCAUCAGUUCCUGUCACAUAGCUGUGACCAGCAUACUCCAGAGAGAGUAGGUAGGGAGAGGGGCUUAAUUUGCCCAGGUUUUCAGAACCUGUUUGGCCCAAUGUGACUGGGGGCGGGGAGGAGAGGGGGGAACACCAUGGUGGCCAAAUAUAUGGAGCAGAUACUUCACUUCAGGGUGGAUGGGAAGCAAGGGUAGGUGAGAAGAAGAGAAAGAGGAGCUAGGAUGAGAAACCCCUAAGACCUAUCCACCAAUGGCCUACUAGUCCUGAAGUUUCCAGACCUCUCCAGUAGCACCCAACAGCUGCACAUGAGCCAGUGCAGAUCAAUAUGUAUUCAAAGUGUAACCAUAAGUGGCUAUGGUUUACUGGACUCUGCAGGCCCACAAGAUGGUGGGGGUAGGGGUGGGGUGGGGAGUGGUGGACAUAUACUCAUCCCUAAGCCCAGAUGGCUGAGCAUAUCUGGCAUGGCUCCUUCAGAUAUGUUGGUACAAUGAUGGAGAUGGGGGGAAGGCUGACCCCAGUUGGAUCGCUGGACUUCUUGUAUGGCAGCCCAGGACUUUGAAGUGUGAAAGUAUAGCUCACACCUGUAAUCCUAACACUUAGGGCAAUAGGCAUGAAGAGCUGGGGCAGGAGAAUCAGCCCAAGAUCAAUUUCAACUAUAUAGAAAGUUCGAGACCAGUCUGAGUUACAUGAGACUCUGUGUCACAAACAAGAAAGAGACAGGGGACUUGGGGGAAGCUGGGCCUGAACACGUGAGACCUCCAGAAAUGGGCAAUCUCCUAUGCCUUUGAGCCUGACAGUACAUUUUGUCUAAUUUUCCUUUUCUGCUAAGAUCAGGUUAUUGGGAAAGAUGGGACCAGUGUUAAAGGGACAGAGGUAUAUAUGUGAGUUGUCAAUCAGAUGUCUCAGUGCCUAACCUGGGCCCUCAGAGUUAAAGAAAAACUAAAGCCUGAGUUUCUACUUUGGUAAAGGUCAGAUCACAAUCCAAGCGCAGACUGACAUUUCUGUGGCUGUGACACAUGGGGUCAUGGAGCUAUGACAGAUCAGGGUUUCUGAAAGAGACAGAAACCCUGGUGAGUGGAAGAGAGCUCAGAGAAAUAGCUGAGCCUCCAAGGGUGAGGGGGUGCUGGUAGAGAACUUUCUGGAAGAGGAAAGGGAGUAGGUGAGGACGGCACAGUGGAAAGAAGCUGGCUCUCGAGAGGCUGAUGAGGUUCAGUGCUCUGAGCAAGAGAGCAGAGAGGCGGUGGCUGCCCCAGGCUGGAGAUGGGCAGAGCUGUCCUGACGCCCUGGGAUGAGCUGAAAGCUAACUCGGGGGUUCCCAGGCCUGCAGGACAGCGGGGUGUAGUGAGCUUCCUCUUCCGGCUCUAGACAUUUUCCUUCUUAUUUCUUGUAUUUUUAACAUUUUUAUUUGUGGGUGUACGGGCACACCACAUGUGUACCUUGGAAGCUUGAGGAACCUCUAACUCAAGCCUGAGCUGGGUACCAGGUACUGCAACAGACCCUGGAAGAGCAGCAAGCUGUCUCUCUAGCCCCUUGUUCUUGUUUUGUAAGACAGCAUCUGGCUGUGCUCACCUCCUGUCAGUCUCUUCCUAACUCUGGCUACUGAGGUCCUGCCUACAGCUAACCUCCACCUACCGCUCUGGCAUCUCUGAUUGGCCCUCUGGCUGCUUCCUUCUCCCCUGUCUGUCCCUAGGCACAGCUGUCCUCUCUCUGCUGUGUAACCCAUUUCCCUGUCCCUAGUGUCUCCAACCAAGUCAUACUCCUGUCUCCUGCCCACUAUCAUCAUCUAUCCUCAGCCAGUCAGCCUUGGGGGAAGGGAGAGCAGUGUGGAGCCCUGACAGCCUGGGGAGAGGUAGGGACGGAUGGCCCAGGGAUUCUCUAGAAGGUGGACACUUAGAAGGCUAGUGCAGGCUUGGCAUGAGUGCUUGCUUGAGCACGGUGUACUCCUUGCCACUGCUAUCUCACUUCCCAUGUUCAGUCCCUCCAGUGGCUUCAGUGUCCCUGAGGGCCUCAGGCUUUCAUCCACGUGCCACCCUCGAUCUUCACAGAGGGCAAGGUAUCUUGUUUCCUUCCAUUCCCUUCUUCUUCCUCCUCCUCCUCUUCCUCCUACAAGACUAAAUCUCCCUAUGUAGCCCACCCAGUCUGUCCUUAAACUGAACACUGUCAGGGUUCAGUUUCUAGCAUGCUCAAAUUGGAUGCAUGGGCUCCCACACAUGAUCCUUUAUCUUAAGUGUAGACGUCGGUCAGAAAUCAGUGGAUGUGGAGAUGGUCGGUGUUGACAUCAUUUGGAGAUAGAAUUCACAUUCCACACCCAUUGGUAGGUAGAGCUCAUUGCUUUCCAUAAACUCACUUCUUCUACCACGUGGUCAAUUUUAAAUUUUUAAUCCAU